CGGAUCCUCCCUCCCUCCCGCCGGGCACAGCUCCGCUUUGCAGAGCAAAAAACGAAAUUUCGGCCGCGGACAGCCAUGAGCUGCCUGGAUGUUAUGUACCAAGUGUACGGGCCGCCCCAGGCGUACUUGGCGGCAGCCUACAGCCCCUAUCCCCAGAAACUCGCCUUUUACUCCAAAAUGCAAGAAGCCCCGGAGAGCGGCAGCAGCGCCAGCACCAGCAGCUCCUUCUCCGGCCACGCCGCCGCCAGCAUCAAGGAGGAGGACUGCAGCCCCGAGAAGGAGCGACCCCCCGAGGCCGAGUACAUCAGCUCCCGCUGCGUGCUCUUCACCUACUUCCAGGGGGACAUCAGCGCCGUGGUGGACGAGCACUUCAGCCGGGCCCUCAGCCAGCCCAGCAGCUUCUCCCUCGGCAGCGCUAAGGCGAGGAACGCCGGCUCCUGGCGGGAUGGCUCCUUCCCGAUGAGCCAGCGCAGCUUCCCCCCGUCCUUCUGGAACAGCACCUACCAGCCCUCCUCGGUCCCUGCCACCCUCAGCAGCCCCCUGGGUGCCGCCACCCACAGCGAGCUGCCCUUUGCCGCCGCCACCGACCCCUACGCGCCAGCCUCCCUGCAUGGCCACCUGCACCAGGGUGGUCCCGAGGCCUGGCACCAUGCCCACCACCACCACCACCACCACCACCACCACCCCUACCUCGGGACACAGAGCACCGCUUACCCCCGCCCUGCCGCCAUGCACGAGGUCUACGGCCCCCACUUCGACCCCCGCUACGGCUCACUGCUGGUGCCCACCGCCUCCGUCCGCCCCCACCGCCUCACGCCCGCCGCCGUGCCCACACCGGUCAGCCCUCCCUGCGACCUGGGCAAGGCCGAGGCAGGUGCCGCCGCUACCUGGACAACGCCAGCACCCUUCCCCAACGCGGCAGGGGACAUGGCGCAGAGCCUCGGCCUCAACGUGGACCCAGGUUUGCAGCCUCAGGACAAAAGCAAGGAUCUGUACUGGUUUUAGAGCUGUCCUUCACUCUUCUUCCCCUGGCUCUCCCCUCUAGAUCUCUGCCUGUUAGGCAUGGUGGCAUUCGGAGCUGAAGUCGGGUCAGUUUGUAACAGCUUCUGGUCUUGGUUUGCAGCUCGACGUUACUCCUUCUGUGGUGGAUCCCUUCUGAGCUGACGAGCUGACUCAAAGCCUCCCAGACCCUCCUUGCCCUUUUCCAAGCCCACCGUGACCCUGCAGCUCGGGGAAAGACAACGGGACUUAGAGCAACCUGGUAUUGCAAGGACGGUCCUUUAGACUUAUUUUGGAGAAGAAAACUCUUCUGUUGAGAGAGGAGAGCCAAAGACCGUGGACUUCUAUUUAAUCAAACUCCACACCCUAAACUGCAGUCGGACUGCUUUAAAAGAGUCGAAGGAUGUCAUGGACAGUGAUGCAAAACCACUGGCCUUCUUACAGGGGACAGAGGAAAUUUUGUUGUGUUUUUUUUUUUAGUGGUGUGAAUAUUUUUUUAUGGCAGUGAAAAUUAUUUCUCAAAUGCUACAUGGGAAAAACUAUUUAGCAGUUUUGAACUGGAUUUUUACUUUACAUUAUAGAAAAGUAAAAGGAGAAGAAACUGGAACUCAUGAACAUUUUUGGACUACCAAGGAACUUGUCAGAUUUUUCAGCUUUGUGGUUAUGAGUGGCAAGCGUCUAGCUUGGGCCACCUGCCUUGGGCUUGCAGAAAUGCAGCUGUUCCAUGGACAACUGUUCAAACUCCAGAAAUACAAAAACCAAGGUGGCACUUCUCAGAGUCUGGCAUUUGCAUUGGAUACGUAACAGUUGUUUGUUUUCUUUCUUUUUUUCUUUUUCUUUUUUUUUCCUUUUUUUACAAGAAACAUUUUAUGGUGAAAGCUAAACCCUCUUAAAGAAGGGGGGAAAGGAAACAAAAAACUGCUUGCCAUCAACCCAACAAUUUUAAGGAAAGGCCCAUGAUGGACAAUAGGUCUGGGUUUAACAUUUCCCUUUGUCUACUUGUUGCUGUCAUUUUGUCACUUUAAUAGCUGUUUUAUUUUGUUUUGAAAGAGGGAAUAAGAUAUCUAUUUAACAGUAGGAAAGCUGCAUUAAAGGUAUCUCCUUCUUUCA